AUGAAUAUUUAUGAUCUUAAAGUCAUGAAUAAUGAAAAGGAAAAUAUAAUUAGUGAUAUUAUUAGCAAAAGUGAGAAAGAAAAUAUAAUUAGUGAAAUAAUUAGUAAUAAUAAAAAGGAAAAUAGAAUUAGUAAAACAAUUAGUAAAAAUAAAAAUAGAAUUAAUGAAACAACUAGCGAAAAUAAAAAUAUAAUUAGUAAAAAUGAAGAUAUAAUUAGUGAAAAUGAUAAGUAUAAAAGACAAUCUAAAUCAGAUGUUAGUACAGUUAAAGGACAUUUUAUGAAUUAUCAUAAAAGUGAGUAG